CUGAAUGGGGAAUAAUGGGACCCCUGUGAGCAGAGCUCAGCUUAGAAACCAUUGCGAGUCCCUUUGGCGAGGAAGAAAACCAAAUCCCUAAUCUGGCCCGAGGCUUCCUCCAGCCCCAUUGGCUGGCGGCCGCUCAGGCAGAGGGGUGCCCAGGCUGCUCCCUCUUAAAUAGCCCAGGGCAGAGAAGCUGGGAGAAGUUUUGGCCGUGGUUCCCAAAGCCCUGGGGCCCUGUCGUGGGGAGAAGAGGAGGCCAGCGUCCUUCCUGGACAGGUCAGGAGAGGGCCCUGGUGUGAGACCUCCGGCGGCUAGUGGGGCCCCUCCAUGUACUACCUCAGCGGGGGUGCUCCCACCCUCGGCAGCAUGACCCCCCUCUCCCUGCUCUACAGCCUGCACCAGCUGCCGCCCGCCCCGGCCCCCCAGCCCUCCUCCCUGCGUGCAGGCAGCGUGGUGGAUCGGCUAGCAGAGCUCCUGCUGGAAGUGCGCUACGGGAUCCCCCAGAAACAGCGCCGGAGCCGCACGGCGUUCACCGGCCACCAGCUGGAGGCGCUGGAGAGAACCUUCGAGAAAACCCACUACCCCGAUGCGGUGACCAGGGAGCGGCUGGCUGUGCUCGUCAACCUGCCCGAGGCCAGGAUCCAGGUGUGGUUCAAAAACCGCCGAGCCAAGUUCCGCAAGGGCCAGCGCCAGCAGCCGGACCAGGGGGAGGCCGCGAGCCCCCGGGGGGCAGACGGCGCUGCGGGGCGCCCCCUGCUGGGGUCGAGGCUCCGGCCCGUGGCCAAGGGCAGCCCGCCAGGAGCAGAGCAUCUCCCGGCCUCUGCGAAGGCCUCUGCAGCGCUGCCUUCCCGGUAUCCCCCAGGGGACCUUCCGCCAGCACCCAGCAGGAUUUGGCCUCCGGAGGGGACGUGGCCGGGGACAGAACUCAAAAGCGGAGGCCUCGCUGGGCCGAGGAGCGACCUGAGACUGAGCUACCUGCCAGCGUUCCCUUUCCCGCCCUACUGGCCAGCUGGGUAGGGUCCCCGGCCGGCCGGAGCGACCCAAACACCUGCCCGGAGCCAGGCAGGUGGGGGCUGCCCCGGUGCCGUGCCAGACCAGCUCGUCCCGCUACCACCCUGCUCCCUGAUCCGCCACACCAGGCCCGCCCCGACCUGCCUUGAGCCCGCGAGCCUUCCCGUCGGGCUGGGCUGAGACCCAGCGGAGUCGUGUCACGUGUGUGAACUCC